CAUAUCCUUGUUGACAGGUCAGUGUUUGGUCUUUAUCAAUCAGAUUCAAUCACUAAUGAUGUGAUGUUACGAGCAAGCGUUGAGUCAAGUUGAUUUCCUGCCAAAAUGAGUUCCAUGGAAGGAGGUGAUAGAGACAAAAAACUGGUGUCACCAAAGAUUUCUUCCAAUGUAGAUGAUGAGGCAGAUGUGUUUGAGAUCACAGACUUCACCACUGCUUCGGAUUGGGAAUGUUUUAUUGCAAGACUGGAAGAAAUCCUUCACGAGUGGAAACUGGUAAAUCAUGAGCCCCGGGAGCCGGCUCUGAAAGAUCAGUAUGCCUCGGGUACAUGGGCUGAGAGGACAGAGGAAGUAGUCUUUGUUGACUUUCGAUUCCACUUCUCUUACCUCUAUCUGAAAGGUAAUGAUGAGGUCACUCCCAAGUCAACAAACUCUAAAAGAGAAGACGUGGAGGAAUCUGAUGAUCAUAAAACGCCCACUGUAUUUUUUGACCUCAUGAACUUAGAAAAUGAUUUUCCAAUGAGGGCACAUUAUCUUUGUCGGUGGUACGGACUUCAAGAGUUUUUUACUCUGAUGCCAGUUAGUGAGAAGCAAUAUAUUGAUUCCGAAAGUAGAGCAAAGCUUCUGCUUAGUUCUUCUUCAAUAGCUUUUGCGAACUGCAAUUGUAGCAUUCCUGUGUUUAUUCAACUUCAUCAAAAAUGGAGGAAGCUCUUCACUGGAACUUGUUUAGUUCCCGGAGCAAGCAUAGAGUUUGAAAUGUCCCACUUACGCAAGUUUCCCCCUCAAUUCUGUCACUUGGCUGGCUUGCUGGAUGUUUUCAAGUCAAAGCUGGGCUGUGUUUAUAUCUCCAUGCCACCGGUGUCUGUCUCUGUCAGGUUUACCUACAUCCUAAAAGACUGGUUCCACAGCGCAUGGCCACAGAUGCCGCCAGACUUUUCCUCUAUAAGUGAUGGGGAGGUGGGCUACGGAGACUUAGACUUUUUACCAUUCGGAGCUUGCACAGACCCAAUAAGUGAACUUCACCUUUCUUGUACAUGGCCUUGUCUUUCAGAAGACAUGAUUGUAGAGAACAGCCUCUACUCUGACCUAGAUCCCUUGCAAGCACCUCAAUGGAACGUCAAACUUCAAAUGACCGAUGACCCCCAGUGUCUUUUGGGAGAGUUCCUUAAAGAUUUUCUGAAGCUCUGUGACAGAAUAGAAAGCACCGAUGAAGUUUUAAAAAAAGUUUUAGUUGACACUGAUGGAGACAAACAUUCAGCGGAAAUAACCCAUGCCCUGCAAAAGUUAACAGAACCUGUGCCUGCACUGUCCUCUUUACCUUCCUUAGGUAACGUUGUCUCAUCUGCGUCAUCAAGAAUAAAGUUUAAGCCAAAUGAAGCCCCUAUUCCUGACAUUUUAAUGGAUAGAAUUCUGCUAUAUCUUUUCCCUGAUGCCAAAAUACCCAGGAGUCAGAGUGGGCUCAAGUCACCAUCAAGCAAAUCAGCACGCAAGGAGUCAAAUGUAUCGCUUACAUCGGGUUCCCUCACCUCGUCAGUGUCGGAACACACCAUCGAUGAGGAUAAAAAGGCAGAGACUGAAAAAAUUAGUGACAUUUUGACAGACUUAAGUAAGCAGUUAAAAUCUGCCCCUGUCGACAGUUUGACACACAGACUCAGCCUAGCAUUGUGUAAUGUUAAUCAUAAUUUCGGUGGCUUGCUGGGAGUAGCUCAUCUCUGGCAAGAGUUCAUCCUUGAGAUGCGGUUUCGGUGGGAAAACAAACAUCUCAUUUGUGGCAUUGAAAAAGGAACGCCAAAUAUGGGCUCAUGUCUCUUGCACCAAAAGCUUCAGAUGCUAAAUUGCUGUAUUGAAUGCAAAAUAAAACGAGAAUCUGCUGGGUAUGGAUAUGGCCCAGACUCUCAGAAUAUCCACAACCAGUUACCCGAAUCGGAUGUGGUUGAUGCCUCAAGUCCAAAAGCUAUGAAAAGACUUAGCAAAGCAGCCAGCUCACUAGGCUACAGUGAUGACGAUGAGGAGGAGGAGGAAUUCUUUGAGUGUGAUGAUGAUGAUGAAGCUGGUCCUGAGACCAAAGUUGAUGAUGCAACUAAUGUGAAAGAUGAUGACAGUGUGGAGGGUAGAGCAGAAAAUGCGUUUUCUUCAGACUCAAGUUCUUUAUCUUGUAAGAGUGAUGUUAAUGACAAACGCAAGGAAUUGAAGAAUACCAGCAGGAAUAGUUCUAUGUCAAGUAGUAUAUUUCAUGACAGUCUUUCACAUAGGCCAGAAGGUCGCAUGGUCCCCAUGAAAAAUGUGUAUUUACUAAACAGUGGGGAACAGCUUUAUAUACCCAUCACCCAGGAACCAUCUCCUAUGACUGAAGACAUGCUUGAAGAGCAAGCAGAAGUUUUAGCCAAACUUGGCACUUCGGCAGAAGGGUCUCAGAUUCGGGCCAGAAUGCAAAGUGCUUGCCUUGUUUCUGACAUGGAGUCUUUCAAAGCUGCCAACCCAGGUUGUAUUUUAGAAGACUUUGUUCGUUGGUACUCACCGCGGGACUAUGUAGUCGAAGGUGAGACUAAUUUGGAUAAUGAAAAUGAUCUUGAUGGAGAAUCCCCAGAAGCUGAUCAGAAAGGUCCAAACGUCUUUAAAAGAGGUCAUUUAAGUCAAAGGAUGCAGAUCCCCGGCAACAUGUGGGUUGAAGCCUGGCAGAGUGCUCGGGCGGUGCCCGCCAGGAGACAGAAGCGACUGUUUGACGACACCAAAGAAGCCGAGAAAGUUCUGCAUUAUCUGGCAUCCAUGAAACCAGCGGAAGUGGUUCUCCACUUGAUGCCAUGUGUUGUUCAUGCCGCUGUCGCCAAACUAGUUGAGGAGGCAGCUCAAGCCAGCGUGCCUAACUUGAAAAACAUUGUCGAGCCUUUGAUUGCAAGGGCUGCAAAAGUGACCAGGAACUUUCCCUUUGAUAAAAAAAAAUACAGCGAGCUUUUGCGGUUAAUAGAAAUUGCAGAAGUAUUCACUGCGAGGACAGUUUCACUUCGAUCUAAAUUUACCAGUGAUCACCUAACAUCUCCAGAGCAGGAAGGUAAAGAGACAGAGAUAGAAAAUUUUGUCACAGCUCUCCUAAACCUAGGGGAGGUUUUGGUCAAAGGAGGAGCUUGCGGCCCAGCAGGGGCAAUAAUACAUAAAAUGUUCAUAGCCUCUCAGCGAGCAAACAACAUGAUACUGGAUGAUGAAGAUAAUGAAGAGGACUCAGUCAGCGGGAAGCCAAACCAAGAAAGUAAGAAAAACUCAAUGCAGACCUUGCAAGCGUCAUCUGAAAUUCGAUCCUCUUCCUCGUGCUCAGAUUUUCCAGCCGCGAGCACCAGGGAAUAUAUUCUGAGGGCCAUGGUGCCGAGGCCAGCUCCCUAUUCCAAAGUUCUACCUCAGAGGAUGUACUGCAUACUUGCGGAUGGAGAAAGUCGACUGGCUGGGGCAUUCAUUUCAGAUACCACUUUUCAAUGAGUCAUUGUCACCCUCUUGCAACUAACUUUUCUCCUUACACUUGUUUUAUAUGUCAAUUUUUUUUUUUACUCUAAAUAAUGAUACUUAAAAGUGACCUAUCCAUGAUAUUUAUUUUCUUCUAAACAAAAAGAUAUUUAAAAUGUGUACAGCCUAUCUUUUUUUUAUUUAUAUGAGAAAAAAAAUCUGUACAAUUAAUUUAUUACCCAGUUGUUGUAAUGAAUUCUAUAAUAAAAAUGUCAGUACAAAAUAAGUAGAGAUUAUUACUUAGAACAACUUUUUUUUCUUCUAAUUUCUGGUUCCCAAGUUUAGUAAUCAUCAAGCAUUUUAUUCUGUGGAUCAUUAUUUCUUUAGAACUGUCCUUAUAUUUUUCUGUAAAGUUUGAUCUAGCUUUAUGAAAAUAGUUUUUAGUGGAACUGUUAAUAAGCAUUUGGUACUACUAUGUGAGAGUAGUUUUCAUUGCUGUAUUGUACUUCAGUUAUUAAAAGAAGUUUGACUAUUUUUUUAAUGAAAUUUCUUUUGUUUAACUUUCUCUCACCCCUAAUGUUUUAGUAAGACUGUAUUUUGAAGCCUAUUUAUUGCUCAAAUCUUUGGUUCACUCUUUGAUUCUUGGUGGAUGCUAAACUCUAAAUGUCUUGGCAUACACACACUGGAUUGUUCUGUACUUUUCAUUUUCUUUAAAAGUACAUAGGUAGAUAGCUAGGGACAUUCAUACACCUUUUAUUAACCCUUAAAGUGCUGAGCUGUUUUACAGUGAGUGCAAACAAAAAUGGAAUGACUAUUUUGAUGUUUAAAGGGUAAACUACCACACGCGUUUUAAGGGUUAAGCAUUUUUUUUUAAUUCAUGAUUUGUGUAGAUAGUACUGAAGGAUGAUGGGUAAUUUUACAUUUACUUGCCUUCUAUGCAUUAAUUAUAAAUACAAUAUUACGCAUAUGUUUAACACUGGAUUAUGAAUACACACUAUUAGAUAUAACUCAUAAUUUACAUAACAUUCAUUUAUUUUUUUCACACAAUGUUACAUAUUUAUUUGGUUUGUUUUUCAAUGCUAUGCAUUUUAUAUUUAUCACUGAAGCUAACACUUAAUGACUUAGUGAUCAAAUUUUUUUUGUAUUUUACUAUAGUAGGUUCUCUUAUUCGUUUUUAUUUUGAGUGUCCUUCUAGUUUUAUAAAAUAGAAUAAUUUACCUCCCUGAGUAUAAGAGUUGAUGUUGACCAUAUUUUGUAUUGCCCCAACAUUAUGCCCCAUGACAAAGUGGUGGUAAAGCGCUUGGCUUCCGGACUGAGGUGUCUCAGGUUUAAAUCAGGUGAAGACUGGGAUUUUGAGGGGGCCACUGGGUCUACCCAACUCUUUUGGUCAUUGUGCAAGCUACUUGUUAAAAGUGGGGCCACAGAAAGACCUUUACUUCAUCUGCCCCAUGGGUUUGCAAGAUCUGAAAGAGUUACUGCACUUGUUUUACAACCUUCCCCCCCCCCCCUCCUAUUUGUAGCCUCAUCUUCUGUUUACAGGACAAAAGAUAAUGUAGUCUCCCCUAGUGACUGGGCCUAGUCCUCUCAUUGAGAACUGAUUAAUAUUAAGAUUUUGAUUCUCCUAUUUGCAUAAAUGAUAUAGAUAUAUAGAGCAGAGAGUAUUAACUUUUUCCUCAUUUAUUGUAUACAUUAUGCAUCCGUGUGUCAUGUGAAGAAUGUUUAUUUGUUAUUGUCAAUAUAGGCUAAUGCAAAUGAUAUGAUACGCCAAUUCUUCUUCUUAAGUAAUGCACACCAUGUGUGCUCUAGUGAUGAUUCUUUGGGCAAUUUUCUAUGCCCUAAUCUAAAAAAGGUCCUAGUUGCUAUGAAAACUUGUUUAUAAGUUCUUUAUAAUUUUAGUAACUUCUUCCUCAUCAAUAGGACCUUUGUUAGAAUAGGAUGGAUCAUGCUGCCUGUAAGCUCUACUGUUGUUCAGCCCCCUCGAUGGUCCUGGGUUCAAACCUUAUCCACUGACAUCCCCAAACAUCCUGCUGGAGUAGAUUAUCUUCAACUCUGAAGGAACAUACCAAACAUGUAAAACCUACAUACAAACACUAAUGAUCUGAGAUAAGCAGCUUCCCAAAUCCAACAUAACUGUUCGAUGCAAUCAAGCUGCAAGCUGUCUCCUAAGAGAUCUGUCACUGGCAACAUCUGCAGCCUCUUCCUAGCUGAUGUUCACUAUUCUGAGGUCCUCCCUAAAGGUGUGGCACCAAAUUUAUAAGAGGAUGUCCCUAUUUGCGCUUUCCUUGCAUUGUCCUCCAUGUCAUUGCAACUCUUGGUAUGCAUUCUGUUGGAUAACAUGUCCCGCAAACCUCAUUGAACACAACCGUGUUAAGUGCUCAAGUGCCAGUUAGGCAUAAAGUUUCUUUGUGACUCAAUCUCUGUAACUAACUCUUUUUGACUUAAUUAAAGUUUCCUGCUAGUAAGGAUCCUUAAUGAGAAAAAAAUGGGUCUUAAUUUCAUAAAGAAGAAAAAUAUUGUGGGCUGCUUUUUCCUUAUUCAGAUUAAAUAUUCUUGUAUUAUACUUUCUAAUUUAGCUGAGGGUAAAAUAAAACAGUGUGCCAACCUCUGCUGGUCCAAUAAGUUGGGAUAUAGAUGUGCAUGUAUUUUGUAAACAGCUAUUCUAACCAUAGAUAGCUUUUUAAAUACCACUUCUAUAUUAACAAUUUUUUUAAAAAUAUUUAAAUGUCUUGAAUCCAACAGAGUUUUAGAGUGGCCUGGAGAUUUUUGUGUGGACAUGUACUAACUGAAGCUGGUUUCUCUCUGUGUGGCAUUGGGUUAGCCCUUUGUCAGAGCAAUUUCUCCAUGCAAUUCAGUGAUCAAGUGAAACUUGGUCUAAAUUGGGAGCCUCGACUAGAGGAUGUUAAAACUUGUUUCACACACCCUAACAGCUGAAUUGUGUAAACACCUUCUUCAAUUUUGUUUUUUAAAAAACUGUGACUUCAUGCCCUACAGAUGAAAUGGUUUUAUUUUGACCAAGACUCUUAAUUGUUUUCUGUGUUACUGACUGUCUUGGUUGGAAUGUUAAGCUUCGACACUCAGCGUCUUUGAAAUCUUUGCUUUCAUUGUUUGUUUUACUUAGUUGUAGCGAGACCAAUUCUCAUAGAACUCUGACCUGCAGUCUAGCAACCUGUGGGCAGUUGGCCUAAGUUGUCCACAGGUUGCGACAUCGCAGAUCAUUGUUGAGGCCUUCUAUCACAAUUGGUCUUGGUUGUAGUCCACAUCAUGUGAUGCUUACAAUGCCUUGCUAAUACAUUGUGAUAUAACAGGGGAGGUCAUUUAACAGCUGUGUCUCUCAGAACACUGGCUUCUUAAACCAAUGGAUUCAAGUGACCAUACUGGCAGUGGCUUAUUAUAUUCUGAGAUAAAUUAUGCAAAAAGUAAAAACUUGUUUUUAACUUCAAAUUAGGUACUUGAUUUCAUUCUUUACCUUGUCCUGAUAUUAUUCCAGGCAUUGAAACUAAAAUGCUUUUUCCAAGUGGAAAAUGUCAUUUGUUUUUAUUAAAGUGACAGACAUUACCCUUCAUUGUAAAAGACUUCCAUAAAUUGCUAAAAACAGUUGCCUUCUAGGGUCAAGACUUAACAGUAAGGAUCCCCUGCUAUAGGUCCUACAGAAGUUUUUUAGGAAUGAAAAGGCUAAAAGUGAUACUAAAAAAAAAAUACUUUUUUAUUUCUUUGACCUCGGAAAGCAGGAUCAGCAGUAACCAUGAGAAAUUGGUUUCACUCUUUCUCUCCGUAAUUAUUUACCACAUUCUGGUGGAGUCAACGUUGGUGUCGUCAGUCAGGAGAGAAAGAGUUAAAUUUAAAUGUAGCUUUUCUGAAGAUGGGUCUUUGAACUGCAUUAUAACCACCUUCCCCCCUAUACCAAAACCUAUUCAGCUUGUCCUCUGUGGUCUUUUAACUCUUUCUCUACGCUAUUAUUUAACACGUUCUGAUGGAAUCAAUGUUGGUAUCGCCAGUUAGGAGACAAAGAGUUAAGAUAACAAGAAAUAAAAAAACAAAUAUUCUCUUGAACUCCAACUAUCUCUUGAGAUGUGAAGUAUCGGAUGGCUGCCUGGUCGUGCGGUUUGCGCGCUGGACUGUCGUUCGGAUUUGUCGAGGGUUCAAACCCUGCCCGCUCCCAUCCCCCGUCGUCCUGCGGGAGGUUUGGACUAGGAAGUAAACUAUCUUCAACUUUGAAGGAACAUCCGAAACAUGUCAAACAAACAAACAAUCAAUAGGAUUUCCCUUGAUGUUUUUUUUUGGAUUUGUUUCUCUGUGUAUGCUUGACUUUACUUUAAUACAGUGAUUUAUGCUUGCAUAAAAUGUUUACAAACAGGUUGAUAUAUUAAAUAUAUCUCUAUUUAUUUGUUUCUUCUUAUUUUUUGGUCUCAUGUUUUCAUGAAUUGAUGUACAAUUUAAAUUUUCGGUUGUUUUAAAAUUAAUUGAAAGUCAUUGUGUUUAUAAAAUAAUAAAAUGCUUUUCAAUGUAUAAA